AUGAGCGACAAAACUAAAAAUGGGAAGGAGGAGAGUUGUGACAAGUCGGAUGGAAAGUGGACCUGUCCAGAAGCGAGGAACGUAACACACCCUCUGCGCUAUUACGAGUUCAGCCCGGACGAGAUUAAGGCGCUCGAAGAAUGCGACAGAGAGAGUUUCUACCAGCGUUGCGUGCCAUUCAGUUCGGUAUUCGCUGCCGCCACCUACGGCUGCGUUAAAAACGGUUACUUAAAACCCAACCCGAGGUUUGGAGCAGUUCCGAAGGUAGCGUUUGCGGUGAUUGUUGGCUACUUUGUAGGGAAACUGUCAUACCAAAGAGCAUGUGCGGAAAAGUUGAUGGCACUCCCAGGCAGCUAUAUUGGACAAUUGCUCAGGGAGAAAAAAGAAGGGAGAGGCCCUAAUACAUCACUGGCUCCGAGGAAUUCUCCGGCAAUGUUUGGUGCAACAUCUGACGAUAUCUACUCGGAUGCAGGUCCAGGAAACUCAUUGGAUCUAGACACUGAUCGGCCACUAUUCAGUGACGACUCCUACAAUCCUAGUUCAGAUUCUGGUCCAUUUCCUCAAACUCCUGGGAGUGCCCCGUCACAACCAACCUUAUCCUAUGAUGAGCUGAGACGUAAAAACAGAAUGGAAUAUUCUGAAACCCGCCAAGACCCAUACAAAAUGGAUCCAGCGAUUGUCCCAUCGGUGACCAGACCAAAAGCCCCGUCAACACCCACAAACAGAUACGGGGACUCGAUGGAAUAA